ACUUUUACUGCAAUCCACGUUUUCACUUACGAUAUAUUAUUUUAUCUUUUAUCAAGUGAACUUUCAAACAUGAAGCUUUCUUCUUUGUACCUCAUUACACUCGUCGUCGCCGUAGCAGCACAAAGCUGUGACGAUGACUGUAAUUACGGCUGCCAGGCAAUGCAGAUGCAAGUAACCUCGUCUCAAUGUGUUGGGGAGGAACGAGUGUCAUGCUGUUGCGGCCAAGUUGCAUCCGGCCAAUAA